AGAGAGAGGAAGCGACUUCAGAGCUAUGGGGGCCGCUCGCGCCAUGACAAUAAUUUUGUAUUUAUUUUUUGUGUAUUUAUUUGCAAUAACCGAACAAAAUGUCAGACAACGGAGACAAAUAUCGCCGGAACAACCCCGGAUGAUGACGAUGAACGGACACCUGAUUUUUCAGACGGGCACUAACCACAACAUCACGUUCAGAUCCACGGGCGGGGGAUAUGUAAACAUAGACGGCGAGAACGUCCAACAGUUAGCCACAUUGGUCAGGAGCAACAAAGCGGACAUAGACCAUAUGAAGACGUCACCCACCGUGGCGCCCAGUAACCUGGAGACGAGGGUGGCCAAUGUAGAACAGCGCCUCAAUAACCUGCAGCCGACGGGGGAGGUCCAGAACCAGCUGACCACGCUUAGCAACCGUGUCAACACCCUGGAGAUCAAUGUGCCCAGUAACUUGCUUGUAAGACUGACGCAGAUAGAACAGCGCCUGGAUUCCAUAACUUCAUCGGGCGACCUUCAAACGACCUUGAAUGAUAUCAGGUCAAGGUUAACCACAUUAGAAAAUAAUGAUAGAACGAGUAACAGACGCAAUCGGAAUCAAAAUAGAGCUAUACGAAGAGUCAGGAAUAGGGUUUCCGAUUUGGAAGAAAACGUACAGUCUCUACAACAGCUGCUGACACAGAAUGAAUGCAACUCGAACCCGUGUAGGAACGGAGGCACGUGCGUGGACAGGUACAACGGAUUCUUCUGCCAGUGUCCUCCGGCGUGGAAGGGCGCAUUCUGUGACGUGGACGUCAAUGAGUGCAGUGAGUACGCGGGGACUGACCUGGGUUGUCAGAACGGGGCCACGUGCGUCAACACCCCGGGGAGCUUCACGUGUCAGUGCGCGGCUAACUGGUACGGGAUCAGGUGCUCCGAGCGUCACGACGAUUGCAGCCAGGCGUCACAUCAGGAACUCUGUGGACACGGCACGUGCGUCAACUCAGACCGCGUCACGCCGGGACAGCCCAAGUACACGUGUAUCUGUGAGGACGGCUGGACGACCAGUGGUUCCAGUCCCAUGUGUGUAGUGGACCGUGACGAAUGCUCGGAGCCCGGUCCUCGCUGUUCAGCUGACCCCAGCGUCCCAUGUAUCAACCUGCCGGGGUCAUUCACCUGUGGCCAGUGUCCAGCAGGUUUUUCUGGUAAUGGAUUUUCCUGUGUCGAUAUCAACGAAUGUGAAAUAAACAAUGGCGGUUGUUCUGUCAAUCCGAGAGUGGACUGUACCAACACGAGGGGGUCAAGAACCUGUGGACCAUGUCCACCCGGUUACCAAGGAAAUGGCGUGACGUGUACGUGGGUAGGACUGUGCAAUAUAAACAAUGGAGGGUGUCAUUCAUUGGCUACAUGCCAGGAAUCUCCAGGUAUACAGGGUGUGGUCUGUAGCUGUCCCGCGGGGUACGUGGGUAAUGGACAAGGUUCUAACGGCUGUGUGACCCAGGGUGUGACGGAUGGACCAUGUGCCAGCAAUCCCUGCAGGAACGGCGCGCUCUGUCAGAACUCAGGGUCUACAUACAGCUGUGUUUGUCAGCCGGGCUACGAGGGGAACCAGUGUCAGACCAAUACCAACGAGUGUGCAAGCAACCCGUGCCAGAAUGGAGGCACGUGCACUGACCGGGUCAAUGGAUACACAUGCGCGUGCACAAGUUCUUACACCGGAAAUAACUGUGAAGAAGAGACGCAAUCGUGCGGUGGUGUGCUGACUCAGGAGACAGGAACCUUAACCUACCCCACACAGACGGGUGCCACCUACCCCCACGGGGUCAGCUGUUCCUGGAGAAUCGUCUCCACCCCCGGGAAGAUUAUCUCUGUGACCUUCACCUCCUUCAGCGUUGAGAACCACCCUGGCUGUGCCUACGACUACCUCCAGGUUCACGACGGUCCCAGCGCCACCGCCCACAAGAUCGGGACGUACUGUGGCUACACCCUCCCCCCGCCCAUCAACACCACCCAGCAUCAGAUGUACAUCUGGUUCUACAGCGACCAGUCCAUUUCUUCAGACGGAUUCUCACUCAACUGGAUUUCCGCUGAUCCAGUCUGUGGCGGACUGUUAAACCAGGGUGACCAUGGGACCCUGUCCAGUCCCGGCUACCCCGGGAACUACCCCCACAACCGAGACUGCGCCUGGACCGUGAUGGUGUCCCCGGGGAUGAACAUCAUGUUCACGUUCGCCGUGAUGGCCCUGGAGCACCAUGACAACUGUAGCUAUGACUACGUAGAGAUCCGAGAUGGUUUAGACGAAAAUGCGCCGUUAUUACAAAAGUACUGUAGCACGCAGUCUCCGGUCCCUAUCACGACCACCAACCCGUACGCCCACAUCCGGUUCCACUCUGAUGCCUCACUGUCAGAUCAAGGCUUCCUCAUUACGUACGCCGCGGUGUCCGCUGGACCUCAAUGUGGCGGACAGUAUACGUCAUCAGAGGGAGUGGUGAUAUCACCAGGGUUCCCGUCGCCGUAUACGCACGAGAGUGAGUGUGUGUGGACAAUCACAGUCCCAGCGGGUGAUACCAUCACUCUAACCUUCACAACCAUUGAUAUCGAGUUCGAAUCCACUUGCAACUAUGAUUUUGUUGAGGUACGUGACGGCCCCAAUGAGAUGUCACCCCUGUUUAACAAGUUCUGCGGGUCCACCCUCCCCUCACCGCUCACCUCCACAGGGAACACCAUGUUCAUCCGGUUCUCCUCGGACCACUCCCAGACCGGGCAGGGAUUCAGGGCCACCUGGACCACAGCUUGUGGAGGGACGUACUCGGAGCCCGAGGGGUCGUUCAGCUCGCCGUCCUACCCUAACGCCUACCCCGCCAACAAGGAGUGUGUUUACACCAUCAACCAGUCCCCGGGGUCGGUCGUCACCCUCAGCUUCACCGCCUUCGACUUGGAGGGAUCCACUAACUGUAUCUACGACUAUCUCACGGUUUAUGACGGCGGCAGCGUUCAGUCCCCACUGCUGGGUCGAUUCUGUGGGGCCCAGAUCCCGGCCCCCGUCUCCUCCACUCAGAACAUGAUGACGGUCAAGUUCGUGACGGACGGGUCCCAGCAUAACACUGGCUUCAUGGCCUCCUACACAUCGUCCUCGGCAGGUUGUGGUGGGACGCUGUCUGAGCCCACGGGGACUGUAACCAGUCCCGGCCAUCCCAACAUCUACCCCCACGGAGUCAACUGUUCCUGGACGAUGCAGGCCAGCCCCGGGCUGGUGGUCCGACUGACCUUCCACACCUUCAGUAUAGAGAGUAACGCAAACUGUCGCUAUGACUACGUGGAGCUGUAUGAUAACUACACAGCCAGUUCUAACAGCCUCCUGGGGAGGUACUGCGGCGCCUCUCUGCCCCCCUCUAUAACAUCCUCCACGAACUUCAUGACCGUGGUGUUCGUGUCGGACGAGAGUAUCGCGCAUGAAGGAUUCUCCGCUGGUUACGUCACACUUAAUGCCUCCACAAUCUGCGGCGCAGAGUUAACCGACUCCACGGGAGUCAUCACCAGCCCGAACUACCCCAAUAACUACCCCCACGAGAGGGAGUGUGUGUGGACCAUCACCGCACAGGACGGCAACCAGAUCCUGCUGAACGUGACCGACUUCCGGCUGGAGAGUCACGCCAGCUGUGCUUACGACUUCCUGGAGAUCAGGAACGGCGGGUUUCCGAGUUCUCCGUUAGUGAACACGUAUUGUGGUACAACUAUAGACACCACCAUAAGGUCACACAGCAACAGGAUGUACAUCCGGUUCAAGUCGGACGCCUCCCAGUCGGCAAGAGGGUUCAGGAUCUCCUACGACACAACGGCUACAGGCUGUGGAGCUGACCUGACUAACCCCACCGGAAGUUUCGUGUCCCCUAACUACCCUAACCAGUACUCCCACAAUGCCGAGUGUUUCUGGACCAUCACCAUCUCCCGGGGCAGCAGGAUCCAUCUGACCUUUGUGGACUUUAACUUUGAGAACCACGUGAACUGUCUUUACGACUACGUAGAGAUCCGCGAUGGUUCUGCGACUGGCGCCCUACUCGCCCGUUACUGUGGUAGUCAAGUGCCUGACAUCAUCGAUUCCCUUAGCAACAAACUGUGGAUAAAAUUCAGAUCGGACAUGUCUGUAUCCGGCAGAGGAUUUCAUGCUUUUUACACCAGCAUUUGUGACACGGUCUUGACUGACUACAGUGGCGUCAUAGAGAGCCCGAACUUCCCAAACCCCUACCCCCACAACCGGAACUGUACCUGGGUCAUCCAGGCGACCCUGGGAAACACCCUCAACGUCUCGUUUUCACAUUUCCAGGUGGAGACACACACUUCGUGUAAUUACGACCAUUUACAGGUGCGCGACGGUAACUUACCUACCUCCCCUGAGAUCGGGACCUACUGCGGCAAUAACAUCCCCCCUGCCAUCUCCUCCUCCUCGGAGUACCUAUGGCUGAACUUCAUCUCCGAUUUUUCCGUCGCCAGCAAUGGAUUCAGACUAGAGUACAUCACCAAUGGUUGUGGUGGAUACUUCACCCAGAGCACCAAUGAUUUCACAAGUCCCAACUAUCCGAACCCCUACCCCCACAGACGGGUUUGUGUAUGGAGGAUAGAGGUGGCCACGGGACAGGCCAUCCAGCUGACCAUAAAAGACUUUGAUUUGGAGACCCAUUCUGAUUGCCGAUUUGACGUUUUAGAGGUGUACGCUGGUCGUGAUAUGUCGGCACCAAGAUUGGUCCAGCUUUGUCACAAGCAGACGUCAGAGCAGGUUUUGACGACCACCGGAAAUCUCAUGUACGUCAUUUUCCGUAGUGACGUCAGCAUUAACGGGAAAGGUUUCAGUGCUUCCUACAAAUCCAUUGUCGGAGGAUGUGGCGGAAAUUUCAGUACCCCGACAGGGACGCUGAUGUCGAAGAACUUCCCCGAGAACUACCCCCACAACACAGACUGUGAGUGGCUGAUCUCCGUGGAGGCGUCCAAGAGGGUGGUGCUGACCUUCCAGGACUUUGACGUGGAGAGCUCCACCAACUGUACCUACGACUACGUGGCCGUUUACGAUGGGACGAAUGCUAACUCUACAGAGUUGAUGAGGCACUGCGGAAACUCUCUGCCUUCGCCCAGUAUAUACAGGAGCAGCGGUCAGUAUAUGUACGUCAAGAUGAGGUCCGAUGUCUCGCUCUCUGGACGAGGGUUCAAAGCCCAGUAUGUCACCGGUUGUGGUGGAAUUCUGAAUGGGGAAGAUGACGGCGUGAUUACGUCACCGAACUAUCCCAACUCCUACGAUAUGAUGAGCAACUGUAGUUGGUUGAUCAGGGCUGAUCACUCGGAUGACCGGAUCACCUUGACCUUUACACACAUGGACAUAGAGGAGUUUUCGGACUGUGGAAAAGACUACAUUCGGGUGUUGAAUGGCGACGACCUUAACGCACCGGAAGUCGGGACAUACUGUGGAAGGACGAUUCCGACCCCCAUUACAUCGUCAGGGUCCGCCCUGAUGAUCCAGUUUGUAUCAGACCGGUCGGUGCAGAUGUCGGGAUUCAGAGCUCUGUACACAAAAUCCAUGUCUAGUUGUGGUGCUGAAAUCACAGCACAGAGCGGCUACAUAGCUACCCCUGGCUAUCCCAAUGAGUACCCCCACAGCACGGAGUGUGUCUGGACAAUCCGGGUCACGCCUGGAAACAGAGUUGGCAUCUCAUUCCAAACGUUCAACCUGAUGAACCACCCGUCCUGUAACUAUGACUACGUGGAGCUCCGGGAGGGUGACGUUCACGGUCGACUGAUCGGGCGGUACUGCGGCACGAGGUUCCCCGGAAACCUGACGGCGGCCAACGGACUCUGGAUCAAGUUCCGGUCUGAUGAGUACGGUUCGGGGACCGGGUUUUUGGCGGAAUUCAAUACAAUGUACGGGGGAGACCUUACCGGUAGCUCUGGACAGGUUGCUUCCCCUAACUACCCUAACCAGUACCCACACAAUGUGAACUACGUGUGGACGAUCACCGUGGACAUCGGUAUGAGGAUCAGGGUCACCGUCAACGCCCUCGAUAUUGAAUCGGUCGCUAACUGCUACUUUGACUAUCUUAGGUUUUUGGAUGGUCCUGACGCUGACGGGGCGGAGAUCGGGAAGUUCUGCGGGACAACCACCCCUCCCCCAUUCCUCAGCCCGGGUAACGUUAUCAGGGUCGAGUUUCACUCCGACUUCUCAAGUUCCGGUCAGGGAUUCAUGUUUCAGUGGGCGGCAACCAGUGAUCAGAUACCUUCCACCACGCCUUCCCCUGGAACCACUACUCCCGUCCCAGGAUGUGGAGGAAAUCUUGGUGCCAGUAACCAGGACAACGUGUUCACAUCCCCGGGGUAUCCCAGUGGUUACUCCAAUAACUUGAACUGUCUGUGGAUGAUUACCACGCUGCCCGGGAACCGUGUGUGGCUCAAUAUCUCCACCCUAGAUCUGGAGGGACACUUCACGUGCUCCUUCGAUAGCAUUACCGUAUACGACAACGCCUUUGGGACGGGGCGAGUUCUGGGUCGGUUCUGUGGCCGAGAGGGAAACCCAGCUCCCCUCCUGUCUUCCACCAACUACAUGUCCGUCAGGUUCCAAACCGACGCAUCGGUCAACGCGACAGGAUUCAGCAUCAACUACCGACAAGCCUGUGGAGGUCGCAUGGACAUGAGUCAGGGGGUCAUAGCUAGCCCCAAUUAUCCCAGCCCGUAUCCAGGCAACCAGAACUGUGAAUGGGUGGUGCAGGUAACCACGGGUCGGACCAUAGAGGUGGCGUUUAACAGCUCAUUCAAUGUGGUGGGCUCUGUGGGAGGAUGUGAUGGCGACUAUGUUAUGCUGCUGAAUGGAGACAAUGCUAAUGCGCCGCCAGUGGGCACCAGUACAAACGGUCGUUACUGUGGAAACCAGAGCCCUGCUACCAUGGAAACCGGUAGUAAUAGACUGUACGUGAAGUUUGUGUCCGACGGCGCAGGCUCAGCGGUCGGUUUCCGGUUGACGUUCCGUGAAGUUCACGUGCAGUGUGGCGAGAGUAUAAGGCUUACUCACGACGUUCCCCAGGCAUACAUCAUGUCGCCCAACUACCCUGCAGCCUACCCUCACAACGUGGACUGCGUGUGGACCAUACUGGUACCUGCCACAGAGACCGUGCAGGUGGAGUUUGACGAAAACUUCAACAUCGAAACUCAUCAAAACUGUAAUUUUGAUUACAUUGAGUUCCGGGACGGAGGGACCGAGAACUCUGAUCUGAUUGGUCGAUAUUGUGGGACGUCACGGCCCAGCACGGUCAAGUCAACAGACAACGUGAUGUACGCUCGCUUCCGGACCGACAAUAGCGUGCCCCGGGCGGGGUUCAAGGCCCUGGUUCACAUAGCCCGCUGUGGAGGUACUUAUAUAGGCCAGAGCGGCAUGAUCGCAUCUCCAAACUUCCCAAGUAACUAUGGAAAUAAUGAAAAUUGUGAGUGGAACCUUAGGGGUCCAACAGGUCAUUUCCUGACCUUGACUUUCCUAACCUUUAACCUUGAAUCCAGUUCAAGUUGCAACUCGGCGGAUUACCUGGAAAUCAGAGAUGUCAACUCAACAGGCCCAGUUUUGAUGACGAGGUGUGGUAGUCAGGUCCCGCAGCCCAUUCUAACGUCAGACAGUUACGCUCACGUUAAGUUUGUUUCAAAUAACGCUAACACUUUCCCCGGCUUCCAAAUCAAGUUUGAGGCUAGCGUUGAAGAAUGCGGUGGAGAGUUCACCACCAGUACCGGGGCUUUCACCUCCCCCAACUUCCCCGGACAGUACGCCCACAACCGUCUGUGUACCUGGUUGAUUCGUGUCCCCGCGGGCAGGAGGGUGUCCUUGAUGUUUAAUGCUCUCAAUAUUGAGGAUCACUCGCGCUGUGUGUACGAUUACGUGGCGGUAUACAACGGCAUACUGAGUGACUCGCCGAUUAUCGGGCGUUACUGUGGCGACACGCCGCCGCCUGUGGUGGAGUCUAGCGGUAACACCAUGAAGGUGGUGUUCUGGACAGACGGGUCGGUCAGUAAUGGAGGAUUUAGUGCUCGCUACACCUCGCCCAACGAACAGAAAUGUGGUGGUGUGCUGACUCGUCCCAUUGGAAACGUGACGUCACCUGGAUACGCCGUUGGUAACUAUACCAAUAACGAACAGUGCCUCUGGCUCUUCAGAAACCAGAACCAAACCAGUUCCUCAAUUUUCAUCGUAUUUAACAACCUUCGACUCGAAAAUCACGCCCGGUGCCUUUUCGACUUUUUGGAAAUCAAAGAAGGUAGCACAGAGAAUGGAGAGUUAAUAGGCAGGUAUUGUGGGAAUACCACACUUCCGGAUCCGAUAAUUUCGCCGUCAGCAAAUUUGUGGAUGCGAUUCCGCACGGACGUGUCUAUUGUAGACAGGGGGUUCGCUCUCACCUAUGCCUACACAGAUUGCGGAGGAGUUCUAACAGAAGAUAAUGGAGAAAUAUUGAGUCCAAACUUCCCAAAUAAUUAUAAUCACAGUGACGCAUGCGCGUGGCUUAUAUUAGCGCCAGAGGGGGCGAAAAUCCAGGUGACAUUUAAGAACUUUUCUCUGGAGAACCACCCUCGGUGUAAUUUUGAUUACGUAGACAUAUUGAACGGUCGUAUGGUCAGCUCGCCAUCUAUCGGUAAAAAGUGCGGCGCCACCGUACCGCAGCCCUUCACCUCCCAGAGUAACGGGAUCCGAAUCAUCUUCAAGACUGACUUCAGUGUGGCGGCCAAUGGCUUCAGGAUACAGUAUCAGUUCGUCACCGACGGAUGUGGAGGUCUGUUCCACGACGAAUCGGGUCUGAUCUCCAGUCCCAACUACCCCAGCAGCUACCCCCACAAUACGGAGUGUGUUUGGGACAUCAACGUACAGGAGGGCUAUCACGUGGUACUCAACUUUAUCCCGCCAUUCGACAUGGAGGCACACGGAGCCUGUGGAUAUGAUUACGUUGAGGUAGACGACGCUUUGAGGAACGGAACACUUGUUAAUCUGGGACGGUGGUGCAGCAAUCAGACCCCACCACCACAAAAAUCUACCUCCAGUCAAAUGGUAGUCAAGUUCCGGUCCGAUCCCGCCAUCAAUGGCAAUGGUUUUGCCGCCAACUGGACCUCUGGUUGUGGUGCGAUAUUCACAGAAGACUCGGGUGACUUUGUGUCACCAGGUUAUCCGAAUCAAUAUGGCCACAACUUGAUGUGUAACUACACGAUCCUUGCCCAUCCCGGACGAUUUAUCGUGUUCGAUUUCUCCCGCGCUAACUUCCACCUGGAAGGUGGAGUCGGAUGUCCUUACGAUUACGUUCAGAUAUAUGCUGGCAACGAUACGACCGGAAGGUCUCUGGGAAAAUUCUGUGGAACGGAUGCUCCGGAUCCCGUAAGUUCUAGCGGAAGUAUGUUCAUCCAGUUUGUGACGGAUAGAAACCAGGCGUUUUCCGGAUUCAGAGCGCAGUAUCGCGUGACAGAUUGUGGCGGUACCUACACGGAGCCAUACGGCACCAUCCGGACACCAACCUACCCCACCCCUUACCAUAACGAGGCUAACUGUACAUGGCUGAUCACAGUGGCAGAAAACAGGGUGGUGGAUCUCAAAUUCUCGUCGUUUGAGGUGGAGGCCCACCCGUCCUGUGGGUACGACUACGUGGAGGUCCGUGACGGUGACAGCCUCUCCUCUCCCCUGAUGGGCCGGUUCUGUGGGCGCUCAGUUCCUGAUCUCCUGAGGAGUACCGGAAAUUCCAUGGUGGUAAAUUUUGUCACUGACCCCACAGUGGUACAGGGUGGAUUCAGUGCCGGCUACUGGACGGCGUACGGUGAGAGACAGGGUUGCGGUGGUGUAUUGAAUUCGACAUCGGGGCGUUUCGGUUCCGUGGACAUGGACAGAGAUGGGGUCUAUGAGCCUCAGAAUUGUAAAUGGACGAUCAUUGUCGGGGACAAUAAAGUCGUUCAGCUCCAGUUUGAGGGCUUUGACCUGGAGGACCAUUUUAACUGUCGAUACGAUUAUGUAGCGGUGCAUGACGGGAUGAGUGAGGACGACCCGCUGAUUGGACGGUACUGUGGGACACAGGUGCCCGCCCCCAUCACGUCGACCUCUAACGUUCUGUAUGUCAGGUUCGUGGCGGACUACACGGUCCACAAGGCCGGCUUCAAUGCGACGUACCAACAGCAGGACGCGCUGUGUGGAGGGGCGUUUUCGGCCUCUGACAGCCCCCAAACCAUCAGCUCUCCCUCUUACCCACGGCCGGUGGGUCAAGACCUACGGUGCCGCUGGACCAUCGACUCAGGGGAUAGCAACCAACAGAUCCGGGUCUCAUUUACUGGUCUCAACCUCAUCAGUGACAACAACUGUUCUAUGGAAUACAUAGAACUCAGAGACUCGCCUCUGGGUUGGACUGGGCGUUCACACCUGUACUGUGGUACAAGUCUGCCGCCACCUUUUGACUCUGCGGGACGGACGCUACAGAUAAACUACAUGGUAACCUCUAGCUCCGGGAGCCAGGGGUUCUCACUCAGAUAUCAGAUAGCUAAUUGCAACAGGACCUACACCGGGACCGGGGGUAAAAUCUUCAGCCCAGGGUGGCCAGGCAACUACCCAAGAAACGCCUACUGUGAAAUGUCCAUCUCCGCCCCCGCCGGAACCUACGUCACACUCUAUUUCAAUUCUUUCUACAUCGAGCCCCACUCUACCUGUAGAUAUGACUAUUUGGAGAUACGUAAUGGAUCCACUUCCUCCUCUCCGCUCAUUAAUCAGCUUUGUGGGAACACGAUACCGAACCCGAUCUUUGCCACCGGGAAUACACUGUGGAUGAAUCUGGUGACCGAUUCCUCGAUAGUCCAUCCGGGUUACGACAUCACGUGGACAGCCUCUACUUCAGGUAUGGGGUGUGGCGGUGAUAUCGUUGGAAUAAACGGGAGUAUCACCAGUCCGAACUACCCCGGCAACUACACUGAGCGACACAGCUGUCGCUGGCUCAUCACUGCGCCUGCGCGUCGGGUCAUCACUGCAUAUGUCGUUAAUAUCAAUAUCUUAGGAAGCCCAGACUGUAACCGUGCAUAUGUAGAAAUUCAUAAUGGCUACUUGGAUUCGUCACCUUCGUUUGGACGAUACUGUGGAAACGAACAACCACCACCUCUCAGGGCUUCCGGUAACAAGGUUCUCAUCAAAUUCGUCACCGAUGGAUUUCACACUGCGCCUGGAUUCCGACUUUUGUACACAAGUUGAUGAGGACUAUGUAGCUCCUAGACACAAACUAACUCUAUUGUAUAUUCCGCGGCAUCUGUCACUUGAACAAGGUUCGAUGAGUGUAACCGCUAUAUACUUCAUUCAACAAUGUCACCGUGUCAUACCUGAAGACUAUCCGUUAUGUUUCUGAAAACACGUUUUUGUUUUACAUUUACGAGUACACACUGUGAUUAUAACAUUCUUUAUUCAUUUUACAUCAAACAUAAAUAAAAAGUGCUAUUGCUACUUAA